AUGUUCCGUGGGCGGGGCUUCCCGCAGUUGCUCCUGGCCGCCAUUUUGGGCGUCUCCAGCGGCGUCUACGUCUGGAAGCCCGUUUUCCAGAAAGAGGAGGCGGAGCGGGAAGAGGCAGGCCCCGCCCAGAAAGGGGAGGAGCGGAUGGAGGCAGGCCCCGCCCAGAAAGGGGAGGAGCGGAAGGAGGCAGGCCCCGCCCAGAAAGGGGAGGAGCGCUAGCACGACACGCGUCGGGAAAGAGCGCCCUGCGCGUCUGAAUGGCGUUCCUCGCCUCCAGGGCCCCUCGGUGCGUGUUUCGGGCUGUGGAAGGAAGAACCCGCCUCGGGAGGCGCCGCGGCGUGGAAACCUAGAGAUGGAGCCCCGCCUGGGCAGGACUGGCCCGAGACGAGGCUCCCUCCCUGCCGCAAGGGACGCCGGGAGCUGUAGUCCGGAAGUAGGCUGCUAAUAAAUGCGCUGGUCAUCCCUGAUUGCAAAUGUCCGACUUGCAAACAACUGAGGGGCAAACCUGAGGAAGCCUGCCAUAGAUGUGAGCGAAAUGUCAGGAGAGAAUGCUUCUGGAACACGGCCAGACAGCCCGGAAAACACACAACAACCUUGAAAGCCUUCGACAACAUAUAUUAUAAUAGUACUAUUCUCAUUAUUA